AUGUCUGUUCACCAGAUCGUCAUCAUCGGCGCCUCCUUUGGCGGCCUCGGAGUCGCCCAGGGUCUCCUGAAGCAGGUCUUGCCUACCCUAGGAAACAAGCAGGCCUACAAAGUGGUCCAGAUUGCUCCCAAUGACGAGUUCUUCUGGAAGAUCGGCGCCCCGAGAGUCAUUGCCAACCCCGACUCCCUGCCCUUGGACAAGGCUCUCAUCCCAAUCGCACCUCACUUCAAGAACUACAGUCCUAAGCAGUACGAGUUCAUCAAGGCCUAUGUCACCUCGAUCGACCCGUCAAGCAAGACUGUCCACACCAGCACUUCUGCUUCCAUCCACUACGACUCUCUCGUCAUCGCUUCGGGCACCAAUUUCGCUUCUGCCAUCUGGGCCGUCACAGACGGUUCCGAGCCCCUGAAAGCCGCCCUCAGUGACAUCCACGCGCGACUGCCGAGCGCAAAGUCCAUCCUGAUUGCUGGCGGAGGGGCCGCCGGUGUCGAGACCGCGGGCGAGUUGGGCGAGGUCUACGGGAAGAAGAAGGACAUCACCCUGUUGUCAGGCACCACCAGUCUCCUCUCCAGGCUCCAGAACAAGAAGGUCGGCAAGGAUGCGCAGGCUCGACUUGAGAAGCUGGGCGUCAAGGUCGUCAACAACAACCUCCGGGUUGUGGAGCACAGCAGACAAGAUGGCAAGGAAGUGUUGAAGCUGAGCAACGGAGAGACCAAGACCGUGGACGUCUACAUCGAGGCCACGGGCGACAGACCAAAUACCAAAUUCGUCCCUCAGGAGUGGUUGGACGACAAGCAACGCGUCAAGACAGACCCCGCCACUCUUCGUCUGGAUGUGCCCGGCGUUACCGGCGUGUACUGCAUCGGCUCAGUCGCCAGCUACUCUGACGGCUCUGUGCUGGACAUCAAGUUUGCCAAACCAGCGCUUCUGGAGUCCAUGAAGCUGGAUCUGCAAGGACAAGCUCCUGGCCCUCGCACCAAGAACAUCUACAAGAAGAUCACCAAAGACAUGCAGUUUGUCCCUAUUGGUUCGCAGCAGGGUGUCGGCAUUGCAUUUGGCCACAAACUGCCCAGCUUCCUCGUGAAGAUGGCCAAGGCCAAGGAUUUCAUGAUCGGCCAGGCGGUCAAGACGGUCGACGGAACUGCUUGA